AUGUUUCGACAAGAAGUUAGUGUAUUGUCCUUUAUUCCAUCUUGUUCGUACCUUUUCCAAUACGAGAAGAGGAACAUGUCUCGAUAUAAUAUUUAUAGCCUAUUGGAACUGGAUGUGAAUGGCGGAGUGGACCCGAAAUUUGAGGGGAAAGGGGGCCCAGAAUGUGCCGCCUUCUUAACGCCGCAACAGCGAAUAAUUGAGAGUUUGGUCAUUUUGUUCAUAUCUACGGUAGAGGUUAUCUUGGCUCUAUAGGAAAAUCAAACAUUUCAAAGUGAAUACAGAGAGGUGCAAAGGAUGCACGGAAGAGCAAGGAGGACAGUAUUGGGCAAAAACCUGUUGCUAGUGGCUCUUUGUAUGACGUUUGGAGUGGAGGUUGGAUUCAAGUUUGCCACCAAGACUGUCAUCUACCUCCUGAACCCAUGUCAUGUUGUCACUAUGAUACAGAUCUUUCUGCUGGCCUGUCCACCAUGUAAAGCAGCCAUGGUCAUUUUCAGGCUCCAGGUCCACAUGCUGAACGGAGCCCUGCUGGCCCUCCUCUUCCCAGUGGUCAACACCAGACUGCUGCCCUUCGAGAAGGAAAUAUACUACAUUCAGCACUCCAUGCUUUACCUGGUCCCCGUCUACCUGGUCAGGAAAGGAGGUGUGUAUAAGCCGGAGCCACUGGGGGACAUGUGGUGGGCAGUGUUAUCCACAGGAAUCCUGUUUCUCUAUCACUUUGUGUUUCUGCAAGUUCUGGGGAUGGCGACGGAGGUGAAUCUGAACAACAUGUUGUGCCCGGCUGUAUCGGAUCCCUUCUACGGGCCCUGGUACCGCGUGUGGGCCACGGGUCACCAGACCCUUCUGACCCUGAUCCACGGCAAGGUUCUGACCCUCCUGUGUCAUCACACCGUUCCCACCUGCUCGUACCUGCUGGACGGAGCUCACCUGCGCAGCAAGAAAGUGGACUGA